UGCAACUCAUGCAAGUAAUAAUAUCAGCUUUUCCAAAUUUUGCUCCAAAAAGGAGAUAUUUUGCAUAUAUAUAUAUAUGUAAAUAAUAAUCAAUAAUAAAUAUAAUCUUACGGUAAUCUGAAAAAAAAUAUAUUAAAAAGAUACAAUAUAUUUAAAUAAUCACCAUAAAUCUUAUUAUAACUGUCCUAACAUAUGUACUACGGUUGAUAUUAAUCUUCCCUUAAAAAAAAACAAAAUCCAAGCUACUCAUAUAUAUUAAGGUUGAUUUGCAAACUUCCCUUUAAAAAAUUCAAAUCUUAGCAAAUCAUAUUAUUAUUGUUAAUUGAUAUGCAAUCUUCCCUUAAAAAAAUAAAAAACAAAAUCCAAGCUACUCAUAUAUAUAAGGUUGAUUUCCAAACUUCCCUUUAAUGAACAUUGACAAAUGCAAUCACCUACGUGAAUGUUAACAUACAUGAAGAAUCUCAUAAUGUGAACUAAUAAUUCAAGCACAUCAAUCAAUCUUUAAUUUCAAACACUAAUCUCCUAGAAAAGCAGCAAAUCAAACGAAAUAAUCAUGCAUAUAUAAUAAUAUAAUAUACUUUUGGUAACAAAACAUUCUUUCAACAAAACAUUGUAUGUUGAUAUGUAAUAUUCCCUUAAAAACAUCUUAGCUAAUCAUGACUAUAUUCUUACUAUAAUAUAUACUUCGUAUUACAUACGGUUGAUAUUCAUUCCUUAUAUGAUUAAAUCAUGCAAUAUUCUCUAAUUCUUUUUACCUUUUUAUUUUUAUCCCAAAUUUUCCAAAAACAUCUUACCUAACCGGCCAUUAUAAAAAAGCAUUAAUGUGAAUUUUUGAAUCACAACCACUAAAUAACUUUAAACGUUAUUUUUUCUAAUGGCACAAAGUUUAAAGCUUAUACAAAAUAUCAAUUCGUCGAAUGAAAAUAUUACUAUACAGGCUAGGGUUAUCUACUUAUGGACUAUUCCAUCUUUUAAUAAUGCAAACGAUGUACAUUCUCUAGAGAUGGUUUUACUAGAUGAACAGGGAGGAAAGAUCCAGGCUUCCGUAAAGAAGUCCUUGCUUGUGAUAUUUCAAACUAAACUAGCAGAGGGACAAGUUUAUAACAUUUCAAAUUUUGGAUUUGGAUUUAAUAAUGGGUCGUAUAAACCCACGGGACAUGAAUACAAAAUUCUUUUUAAACACUUAAAUACAGUCAAUCAAGUGGAAGGAGCAAGCAUUCCCAUUCGUGAUUUUGAUUUGAAACCUUACAAUUCAAUAGUUUCAAACAACUUGGACACCAAUAUUUUAGUUGAUUACAUUGGAUAUCUUUCCGGAAUUUCAUCAACCAAUACAUUUUUAAGAGAUGGUAAUCAACAAAAGAUGAUCAACAUCCAAUUGGAGGAUUUGCAAAAAAAUGUCUUGGAUUGCACAUUGUGGAAUACAUAUGCUGACCAACUAAGAGACUAUUUUUCCGAGCAUCCAAAUCGACAAGUUUUUAUUGUCAUUCAAUUUGCAAAAAUCAAGACUUUUCAAGGUGUUGUUAGAAUAUCGAGUUCACUGUUUGUCACUAAACUUCAUAUAAAUUCCAACAUUACUGAGAUAGAAGAUUUCAAACAGAGGUAUGUAAUUUUUCUACGUCAAAAUUAA